AUGGACGACAUUACACUGACCAUGGAAGGUCCAGAAGUGGGAGACGUCGGCCCCAAAGACAACGACAUCAGAAAGAUCCUGUCACAGCUGAACCAGGAGCUGCAGGAGAUGGAAGAGAUGUUUGAGGACAACAUCAUUCACAGACAGACGGACCUCCAACCACCCACCUGGUCCAGCAGCGAGGUCCAGACUCAGGCCUGGUCCAGCAGCGAGGUCCAGACUCAGGCCUUGUCCACUUGUGAGGUCCAGACACAAGCCUGGUCCACUUGUGAGGUCCAGACACAGACUCAGGCCUGGUCCAGCAGCGAGGUCCAGACUCAGGCCUGGUCCAGCAGCGAGGUCCAGACUCAGGCCUGGUCCAGCAGCGAGGUCCAGACUCAGGCCUGGUCCAGCUGCGAGGUCCAGACUCGGGCCUGGUCAAGCCGCGAGGUCCAGACACAGACUCAGGCCUGGUCCAGCAGCGAGGUCCAGACUGAGGCCUGGUCCAGCAGCGAGUUCCAGACUCAGGCUUUGUCCACCUGUGAGGUCCAGACACAGACUCAGGCCUUGUCCACCUGUGAGGUCCAGACACAGACUCAGGCCUGGUCCACCUGUGAGGUCCAGACUCAGAAAGUGGACCUGCCACAUUCUGAAAACUGGUAUGAGGAAUAUGAGAUUGCGGUGAGGUGUAUGCAAGUCAGAGAGGCCAAGUUUAACGCAGAGUUGGAGCUAGCAAGAGAAAAGUUAGCAAAGAAGGAGAAAGAGCAUCAGGAGGUUUGUGAGAAACUGAUGCAGCUGCAAAGUUUGAACCUCAGUCUGGAGAAAGAUCUGGAACAAGCCAACGACAACUCACGUAAACAUGAGUCUGAACGUCAGGAGGCUUGUGAGAAGUUGAAAGUGCUGCAACUCUCACACGAGAAAGAGCUUCAAGAAAACUUUGAGGAGCUCAGGGUUUUAAAGCAGUCUUUAGAAGAGCGGGACUCAGUUGGAAAAAGUUCAGAGAAACAGAUCAGUGAGAAUGAGAAUCAAAGCCAGAAGAUCGAGACGCUGGAACGCCAACUUCAGGAGUUCGAAGAGUUGAGAGAGGAGUUGUCUUGGUCUGUUCGGCAGAAUCAAAAUCUGGAGAAAGAGCUGCAACUUUUACAGAUGUAUGUGGAAACGCAGUGUGAAGCCCAGGGUUCAGUUGGCACAAAAACACAGAGUUCAGCUCAGAAGAAGAUGGAGAUGCUUGAACGCCAACUGAAGGAGUUCAAGGACGUGAAAGAGGAGUAUAUUUGGUGUGUGGAGCAGAAUCAACGUCUGGAGAAAGAGCUGGAACAAGCCAAAGAAACCUCACGGAAACAUGAGGCCGAACAUAAGGAGGCUUGUGAGAAAUUGAUGGAACUAAAACUGUCACAGACGAAAGCGUUCGACGAUCACCUCGAGGAGUUGAGCGUUUUCAAGGAGGGCUUUAAACAACAGGUGGAAGCUCGCAGACGUUUGGAGCAACAAGUAAGCGAUGUCGCACCCCAGGAGAAGCCGUUGGUGUGUGAAACGCAGACGCAAACGGUGGCUAGCGCGGAGAUGCUAACCGAUCUAAAAGCCGUGAAGGUUGAGACCUCUACCUCAGAUGUACCAACGCAGAAUCUGGAUCAAGCGACAAGGGCCUUAUUUGAGAAACCACAGACCAGUGCAGAGGAGUCCAGACCUCAGAGCCACAAGGAUGACUGCACAGAGCUCAAGGGAAAUGUGAAAAAUCUAACAGAAUUAUUUGAAAGUAAACUUGAGCAGGACACGCAGAAGCAGGGGCCCGAGCUGCAGAGGAACCGGGUCAACGGGAAGAGCGUUUCGGCGCUGAUGAAAAAAAACGUGAGCUCGGACGGAGCGGAGGCGCGGCAGAGACUGAGGGAGUGCGAGGGUUUGGUGGACGCUCUCCUUCAUGCCCUGCAGACCGCCGUCUUGACCGAAGACACCGACAACAAGUCGGUGGAGAAUUGCGUGUGCAUCCUGAGGAACCUCUCGUACCACGUCCACAAAGAGAUCCCAGGGGCCGAGCGUCUGCAGGAGCCGCACCUGUUGAGGGCGGCGGGGCCUCCACGGAAGAGGAGCGAGCACGACUGUUUCGGCGGCAAGAGACCGAAAGAGGAAUGGUUCAGUCAAGGUUGGAAAAAUGGCUUUUUGGACAGAAAGUAUGGCACUUUGGAUUUACCAAAACGCCCCGAGCAAAUGAAAGGCCUGGAGCUGCUGUAUCAACCAGACGUGGUGCGGUUGUACCUGUCUCUUCUCACCUGCAGCAAAAACCACAACACUUUGGAGGCAGCGGCCGGAGCUCUGCAGAACCUGGCUGCCGGACAGUGGGCCUGGUCCAGCUUCAUCCGGGCCACGGUGCGGAAGGAGAAGGGUUUGCCGGUUCUGGUGGAGCUGCUGCGCUCAGACGUGGACAAAGUGGUGCGAGCCGUGGCCAUCGCUCUGAGGAACCUGGCCAUGGACCGGAGGAACAAGGACCUGAUCGGGAGUUAUGCUUUGAGGGACCUGGUGGGGAAUCUACCAUGUGGACAGCAGCAUCCGGCCAAGAACCUUGAGGGAGAUACAGUGGUGUCGAUUCUGAACACAGUCCACGAGAUCAUCAGCGACAGCCCCGAGAACGCCAGGGCCCUGAUCCAAGGCCACGCCGUGCAGAAACUGGUGUCCAUCAACAAGUCCAGCCAAUCAGCACGAGAGACCAAGGCUGCCUCCCACGUCCUGCAGACCAUAUGGACGUACAAGGACCUGCGGCACACGCUGACCAAGGCCGGCUGGAACAAGAGUCACUUCAAGCCACCGUCGUCUGGAGUCAAUAAAAAGUCAAAGAGCGGGAAACAAGUGGGAGACGACAUCACUUUACCACUGAUGGACAAACAUCAAGAUGUGUAUUCCACCUUGGAGCCAAACGACAGAGUUGGAGACGGGAAGGGGCCGGUGGUGGAACGAGAGGCGCUGCAGGUAAUAAACGAGAGGAAGCACUUCAUCCGAGCGGGACGUCCUGCCGUCGGCCUCAUGGACAACAAGCCGCCGCCCUUAGACUCCUGGGGGAGGGGGUUCUUAGUGGCAUCUCCAAACUUGUCCUCAGCCCUGCCCUCAGAACCAGUCCACGGGUCUGCAAUCCCCAAGGGCAAAGCAGUCCCGACCUGCCACCGACGCCUGGUCCGUCUCAGCCAACACCUCCCGGAUUUCCCUCUUUCACUGAUGGAUUCCUGGUCUUUCUUCAUCAACUGCCUUAUCAACUUUCUCGUCUUGUUUUUGCUCCUGAGCGAUUUGAGUUGGAGCAGUCCCAUCCGACGCCCCGGGAGCCGGCGAAGGGCAUCAGAAGACGACGGUGGGAUCCCGGGGUUGGUCCAGCUUCUGACUAGUUUGAACUUCACGGAACUGAGAGACCCUGACUCCGGACUACUCCCGGAUUCCAAGGAGCCGCCGGAAUACAUGAGGGAACUUUACGAAGCGUUUGGGAAGAACCGUUCGGCGAAACCCUCGGGAAACAUGGUGCGCAGUUUCAAGAGUAGAGGUGGAGCCCUACACCAGGACACAGCAGCGGGCGUUUGGAUCUAUCCCUUACUCUUCAACAUCUCGAUUCCUCGACAAGAGAACGUACAACUAGCUGAACUGCUAAUCUUCAACCAGAUCCAGGACCCUCAUGAAGCGAGCCAGGACCCAGCCUGCUCCGUGACCAUUUACCAAGCUCGCCAAGAUGUUGGAUCGUCCAUAGAGCUGAAUGAGGGCCUUAUGAACAGGUCUCGAGAGAAGGUUCUGGGAGGAAAUGUGUUAAUUGAGCUGUUGACAAAGCAUAUCAGCUGCAGAUAUGACGGCUGGCUGUCUUUUGACUUGACUCACGCGGUGACACACUGGCAGAACAAGGGUUGCACAGACCAAAGGCUGGAGGUGCAUAUCUCGAACUUUGGACGGGAGAGAGGACACGCCAAAGACAGGAGUAUUGUCAAGGCCGCUGUCGUCGUCUUUUCAGAUAAUCCAACACAGAAACAGAACAAACGCACGGUACUCGGACAUGAAAGACACAGCAAGCCAAACCAGGAAGGACCGGCGGAGCUGCGGGAAGCGUCAAACACCGACUUUAUCUAUGACACGCCUUCCAGAACCCGGCGUAACCUGAAGAGCGAGGCGUGCAAGAGAACGCCGCUGUUUGUGGAGUUCAAAGACAUCGGCUGGGACAACUGGAUCAUCCAACCCUUGGGCUACGAGGCCUUCGAGUGCCGGGGGGAGUGUUACCCGCCGCUGACGUCUGAGGUCACGCCUACCAGGCACGCCGUGGUUCAGACUCUGCUGAGCGUCAAGAACCCCGACCGGGUGGCGCGGGCUUGUUGCGUGCCCACCAAGCUGGAGCCCAUCUCUCUGCUCUACCAGGAAAACGGGGUCAUCACCUUUAACCACAAGUACGAGGGCAUGGUGGUGGCGGAUGUUGUUGUGUUACUUCCUGGAGGUUGCGGUGCCAGGGGCCUCGCAGCUCGGCCACAUGCCUCGCGGUCCACUCACCGUCGCUGCGAUAAGGAGGUGUCAGAGCCCAGAGUGUCGCGGACCAGCACUCAUGAGACGCCUACGGAGAGUUGUGGAAACCUGAGCGAACGGAGAACGCCCUUUCUGGUGCACGCAGACUCCUCCCGUGUCCCUUCAGGGUGGAAGCUCAGGCCCAACAUGUCGAUCACUAACACUCCAACGAGCAAUGACGCCUGCCUCAGCAUCGUGCACAGCCUCAUGUGCCAUCGUCAGGGAGGAGAGAGCGAGAGCUUUGCUAAAAGAGCCAUCGAGAGCCUCGUCAAGAAGCUGAAGGAGAAGAAGGACGAGCUGGAUUCUCUCAUCACCGCCAUCACCACCAACGGCGCUCACCCCAGUAAAUGUGUCACAAUACAGCGCACUCUGGACGGGCGGCUGCAGGUGGCCGGGCGUAAAGGCUUCCCACACGUGGUCUACGCCCGGCUCUGGAGGUGGCCCGAUCUUCACAAGAAUGAGCUGAAGCAUGUCAAGUAUUGUCAGUACGCCUUCGACCUGAAGUGUGACAACGUGUGUGUGAACCCGUACCACUACGAGAGGGUGGUGUCCCCGGGCAUCGAUUUGUCGGGGCUGACCUUGUCCAGUUCAGGUAAAAGACACUAA